UUAACAGGUAACCCCUCACCACACAGGUCAAAGAGCAACAGUCAUGCACCUGAGAAAAAAAAACACUCAUGUUACGUGAGUCAGUUUUCAGGGCUUAACUUUGCCUCUUGACAUAACACAUUUGGAAGCUUCUAAAAUUUUAUUUUCUUCUUACAGUGCCUUUUUACAACUUUCAAACCACAGUUUUCCAAAUCUGUCUGGAACAUGUUCCUGGCGUGAGUGAGCUCAGUCCUCACAAAUUCUGUUUCAGUUUCCCCUCAAGAGGGAUCUUGAUAGGGUUCCAUCAGUUUCACUUUCCUUUCCCCUUUCAUAAAAGCACAGACCUAACAGCACCCUGAGUGGAAACCUCUUCAGCAUUUGCUUGGAAUCAGUAAGCUAAAAACAAAAUCAACCGGGACCCCAGCUUUUCAGAACUGCAGGGAAACAGCCAUCAUGAGUGAGGUCACCAAGAAUUCCCUGGAGAAAAUCCUUCCACAGCUGAAAUGCCAUUUCACCUGGAAGUUAUUCAAGGAAGAAAGUGUCUCAAGGGAUCUAGAAGAUAGAGUGUGUAACCAGAUUGAAUUUUUAAACACUGAGUUCAAAGCUACAAUGUACAACUUGUUGGCCUACAUAAAACACCUAGAUGGUAACAACGAGGCAGCCCUGGAAUGCUUACGGCAAGCUGAAGAGUUAAUCCAGCAAGAACAUGCUGACCAAGCAGAAAUCAGAAGUCUAGUCACUUGGGGAAACUAUGCCUGGGUCUACUAUCACUUGGGCAGACUCUCAGAUGCUCAGAUUUAUGUAGAUAAGGUGAAACAAACCUGCAAGAAAUUUUCAAAUCCAUACAGUAUUGAGUAUUCUGAACUUGACUGUGAGGAAGGGUGGACACAACUGAAGUGUGGAAGAAAUGAAAGGGCGAAGGUGUGUUUUGAGAAGGCUCUGGAAGAAAAGCCCAACAACCCAGAAUUCUCCUCUGGACUGGCAAUUGCGAUGUACCAUCUGGAUAAUAACCCGGAGAAACAGUUCUCUACUGAUGUUUUGAAGCAGGCCAUUGAGCUGAGUCCUGAUAACCAAUACAUCAAGGUUCUCUUGGGCCUGAAACUGCAGAAGAUGAAUAAAGAAGCUGAAGGAGAGCAGUUUGUUGAAGAAGCCUUGGAAAAGGCUCCUUGCCAAACAGAUGUCCUCCGCAGUGCAGCCAAAUUUUACAGAAGAAAAGGUGACCUAGACAAAGCUAUUGAACUGUUUCAACGGGUGUUGGAAUCCACACCAAACAAUGGCUACCUCUAUCACCAGAUUGGGUGCUGCUACAAGGCAAAAGUAAGACAAAUGCAGAAUACGGGAGAAUCUGAAGCUAGUGGAAAUAAAGAGAUGAUUGAAGAACUAAAGCAAUAUGCUAUGGACUAUUCGAAUAAAGCUCUUGAGAAGGGACUGAAUCCUCUGAAUGCAUACUCCGAUCUCGCUGAGUUCCUGGAGACGGAAUGUUAUCAGACACCAUUCAAUAAGGAAGUCCCUGAUGCUGAAAAGCAACAAUCCCAUCAGCGCUACUGCAACCUGCAGAAAUAUAAUGGGAAGUCUGAAGACACUGCUGUGCAACAUGGUUUAGAGGGUUUGUCCAUAAGCAAAAAAUCAACUGACAAGGAAGAGAUCAAAGACCAACCACAGAAUAUAUCUGAAAAUCUGCUUCCACAAAAUGCACCGAAUUAUUGGUAUCUUCAAGGAUUAAUUCAUAAGCAGAAUGGAGAUCUGCUGCAAGCAGCCAAAUGUUAUGAGAAGGAACUGGGCCGCCUGCUAAGGGAUGCCCCUUCAGGCAUAGGCAGUAUUUUCCUGUCAGCAUCUGAGCUUGAGGAUGGUAGUGAGGAAAUGGGCCAGGGCGCCGUCAGCUCCAGUCCCAGAGAGCUCCUCUCUAACUCAGAGCAACUGAACUGAGACAGAGGAGGAAAACAGAGCAUCAGAAGCCUGCAGUGAUGGUUGUGACGGGUAGGAGGAUAGGAAGACAGGGGGCCCCAACCUGGGAUUGCUGAGCAGGGAAGCUUUGCAUGUUGCUCUAAGGUACAUUUUUAAAGAGUUGUUUUUUGGCCGGGCGCAGUGGCUCAUGCCUGUAAUCCCAGCACUUUGGGAGGCCAAGGUGGGCGGAGCACGAGGUCUGGAGUUUGAGACCAUCCUGGCUAACACAGUGAAAUCCCGUCUCUACUAAAAAUACAAAAAAUUAGCCAGGCGUGGUGGCGGGCACCUGUAGUCUCAGCUACUUGGGAGGCUGCAGCAGGAGAAUGGCGUGAACCUGGAAGGAAGAGGUUGCAGUGAGCCAAGAUUGCACCACUGCACUCCAGCCUGGGCAACAGAGCAAGACUCCAUCUCAAAAAAAAAAAAAAAAAAAAAAAGUUGUUUUCUCAUGUUCAUUAUAGUUCAUUACAGUUACAUAGUCCGAAGGUCUUACAACUAAUCACUGGUAGCAAUAAAUGCUUCAGGCCCACAUGAUGCUGAUUAGUUCUCAGUUUUCAUUCAGUUCACAAUAUAACCAUCAUUCCUGCCCUUCCUGCCAAGGGUCAUAAAUGGUGACUGCCUAACAACAAAAUUUGCAGUCUCAUCUCAUUUUCAUCCAGACUUCUGGAACUCAAAGAUUAACUUUUGACUAAUCUUGGAAUAUCUCUUAUCUCACUUAUGGCUUCAGCCAUGUAUUUAUAUGUAUUCUUGAUAGCAAUACCAUAAUCAAUGUGUAUUCCUGAUAGUAAUGCUACAAUAAAUCCAAACAUUUCAACUCUGUUAGAA